AGCCCCACUCCGUCUCACACCCUCUACUCCACGAAAAAAAGAGCUCUCGUUCUUCGCGCCCACCGCGUUGGUGUCAAGCAUUCUCUCUGAUCCAUUUCUCUCUCCUCUGUGUUUUCUCUCUCUAGAUAGAUCGAUCCCUCCGUGAAGCUCUCAGCAGGAUCCUCGGAUAGCAGGGAGAAUGGGAUUGACUUUCGCAAAACUAUUUAGCCGGCUCUUUGCCAAGAAGGAGAUACGCAUUCUGAUGGUAGGUCUUGAUGCAGCUGGUAAGACCACCAUCCUGUAUAAGCUCAAGCUUGGAGAAAUCGUCACUACCAUUCCUACCAUUGGUUUUAAUGUGGAGACAGUGGAGUACAGAAACAUUAGCUUCACCGUUUGGGAUGUUGGUGGUCAAGACAAGAUCCGUCCUCUGUGGAGGCACUACUUCCAGAACACCCAAGGUCUCAUAUUUGUGGUGGACAGCAACGACCGCGAUCGUAUAGUGGAGGCAAGGGACGAAUUGCACAGGAUGCUAAAUGAGGAUGAGCUUAGAGAUGCGGUACUGCUUGUAUUUGCAAACAAGCAAGAUCUCCCUAAUGCGAUGAAUGCUGCUGAGAUAACGGACAAGCUUGGACUCCACUCUCUGCGGCAGCGUCACUGGUACAUCCAGAGCACCUGUGCCACAUCAGGAGAGGGACUUCAUGAGGGCUUGGAUUGGCUCUCUAACAACAUUGCUAACAAUGCAUGAAACGGUUGAAUGGGAGGGAUUGGGAAUCCUGGAUGCAGGGGUGAAUAUUAUCUAGUCUUUUUGCCUGUUUGGUGUCUUUUGAAGAUCGUCGGAUAUGCCGUAAUAUUCUCUUGCCAUGAUAGUGUCUCAUGUUCAGGUCUUAACGAUAUUUAGGAUCAUACCUAUACAGUUCUGUGACGGUCUUAAUGAUAGUGUCUCAUGUUCAGGUCCUAAAGUAUGGUUUUUGUUAUUCUGUGCUUUAUUCUUCUUCUAAGGUCUCGUGCUUUCGAUGCCCUCUUUAAUCUCUGUAGCCCGACUUAAUGAUUCUCCCUGUUCUCUUUUUUUUUUUUUCCUGGUGAGAUACUUCAGUCAUUCUUGAACUCGAACGUUUUAAGUGCAUCUAAUGGAGAUACCCCAUAUCCAUUCUGGAA